UUUAGCUCUUUUUGCCUGAGGGAGCAGCCUCUCCAAUAUUAACCAAGCAGUCUUGCCCUAAGAACCAGCUUCCGUUUAAGGAGCCGCGCGGAUGCCAAAUGUUAACCGGUUUCGUAGCCCGCUCUAUUGCGCUGUCUGAAGCGGGCCUUUUCAAACUUCAAACCCCGCUAGCCCCCAAACCUUAAACCCUAAUAACCUGCCUGACUCUUCUCUAUGAUCUCCGAUUCAUCGAUUAUGGAGGUGCUGGUUUCCAUAGCUGGUGAAGAACUGAGCCGCUUCAUGGUUUCAGAGUGCAGAGGACGGAGUUGGCUUGAGAUUUGAGUCGGUUAUUAUGAUGCAGAAGGCCAUCGGAAGAGGUGCCUUACUCGGUAGAGGGGCCUCCGCCUCUUCCUACUCUCUCAGCUCCCCUUCUGCUUCCACCAGAGUGUAUAUUGACAUAUCACAUGCGGUAAGGGGUCCAACAAGGUGGCGUGGGAGGUCCUUUGCUGCCUCAGUUCCUUCAGAUUCGCCUAAACAUCAGAAGGGCCAAAAAGUUUCAAAAGCAGAGCGACGAACCAUGCUUGAAUCAUUUGUCCAACAGUAUAGAGCCUCUAAUGCUGGGAAGUUCCCUACUGCUUCAUUUGCUAAGAAGAAUGUUGGUGGUUCUUAUUACACAAUUAGACGUAUCCUUCAGGAGUUAGAAUAUGAGUCCAAGAAACCUCAUGUAAUUAGUGAGAAGGAGAACUUUUUGGAAAAUGCACAAAGGGUUAUUGAAAACAACUCUGAAGCAAAAGAAGAGAUUCUGAUUUCAACUCAUUUUGAAGAGGUCAUACGCCCUACUUGCAUGCCCAGUGAUCGAAGCUUAAGGGAAGAGCAUGAUUCUGCCAGUGAAGUCCUGCCUUCUUAUUAUGAGGAAAAAAGAGUGUCUGGUAAAAGAGACACUUCUGGGCGUAGGGAACUCUCAGAAGUUUCUCGUGGAGGCUCUACUUCGCAAGAUUUUUCAUCUCAUCAAUAUGGUCAAACCGAAGUAUGUAGUGCGCCAAAUGUUGUGGAGCGUCCUCAAGCUGAUGGUGAGGAAAAGACGGCUGCGUCUGAUUACAACAAGGAUGAUGAUCUGGGGAGCCUAGAGAGCAAACUGUCAAACAAGACUGAGAGCCCUCGUAGAAAUAUUCCCAAAAAAAUGGACCACAGAGAGGAGUCAGUGUCCAACAAAAGCACAGUGUGGGGCAGCCUGAAAUCCCUGGCAGAAGGUAUCAUCAACUACUGGAAGAAUGUUUAAGCCAUGUGGGAUCCCUCUCUCAAACCCAAUCCUUUCGCAGGCUAGACACACACUAUCAAUCGACUACUGUGAUUUAUUGAGGCUCCUCUUGGGUUUCUGUUCCAUGUAUUUUUGGCUGAUCCAAAACUUCACAAUGCCAUUUUCUGGCAACAAAAUAGUGGAUGGAUGUAUGCACUUCUAUUCAGUGAGAGAAAGGAUGUAUGGAUUUACAAUUUGAAUCUCUAGAGUUGAGGAAUUUAUCUGACCCAUCUUCUUACAUGAACCAUACUUUCACAGCGAUGACAUAUCAUCACAAGAGCUAUGGCUGGAUGCUUGUAUAUGUAUUUGUUCCCUUGGUGAAGGGUAAUAAACAGCUUCAUAUCUCAUGGUCCUGUGAUC